AGUCACUGAACGCAGCACUCGUGCUUGCACGAACGCGCAGGCGCACUACGCCACUGGCUCAUCUCUCGCGAGGAACGGCGCCGUUAUCGGAACCUCGACAAACAACACGAGAAUUCAUCAUUCACACGUUCUGAGAUGUCUGAAGAAGAGUUGGAAGAAAUUGUACAGAUAACAGUGGAAGACUUUAGCUCGGAGAGCCGAACAGCAAACAUGCUGGAAAAUCAAGGACAAAAUGAGGCCAGUCCUCAAAAGAAAAAGAGAAAAUUCAGCAACAGCCAAGAAAACAGCAGCAACAACCAGGACAUAGGUUACAUUAAGAACCUGAUGGUCUCAUUCACUUCAUCAGUCAGCCAGCGAUUGGAAGGAAUUGAAUCCAAACUGCAGGCUCUGGACGCCACAUGUAAGGCUCUAGCGCAAAAGCUGGAUAGCAUGGUGCCUUGUGCUAAGAAUUCUAUCCAGGUUCCUAUGGUCUCUGGGUCACCCCAAGGGGCGACUCAGACCUGGAACAAAGUGCGAUGUGUUGUUCCACAAACAAAUGUGAUUGUUAGCAGUGAAUCCAUGAAGCAGGAAGACCCCUCACUGGAAAACCUGCUCAGCAACACUGUGGCGAAGAGGCGCCAAAACACAAUCCUGGUGAAGGUGCCAGGCCCAGAGGAGAGUCAGGAGGAAGUGGAGAGUGGUUCUGAGGCUAGUGACUCCGUUUCCAAUGGUGGACAUCCCAACAAUGCACAAAAUGGGCAAAAUGUCACACUCAUCACACUCAACUCAGAGGAAGACUACCCAGGAGGCACAUGGUUAGGUGAUGAGAGUAACCCAGAAAUGCGUGUUCGUUGUCCAGUUUCAGCAGCCGACAUGCUCCAUAUCUCGUCAAACUGCCGCACAGCAGAAAAAAUGGCACUCACACUAUUGGACUACCUUUUCCAUCGGGAGGUCCAAGCCAUGUCCAAUCUCUCUGGACAGGGCAAACACGGCAAGAAACAGCUGGAUCCGCUCAUGAUUUAUGGCAUUCGUUGCCACUUGUUCCACAAAUUUGGCAUCUCCGAGUCAGACUGGUAUCGCAUCAAGCAAAGUAUUGACUCAAAGUGUCGAACUGCCUGGAGACGCAAGCAGCGUGGUCAGAGUUUGGCUGUCAAGAGCUUUUCCAAACGUACGCCUCAAGGUUCAGGCUCAGACGGAGGCCUUGCAGAAGAAGGCUCCCACAUAGAAACUGCUACCCAGCAGACCUUGCACUACACACUGGCCAAUCAGCAGGUCCAGUUCCAUCACAUUGGAGAGGAUGGACAAGUUCAAGUUAUUCCACAGGGCCAAUUGCACAUUGCCCAGGUACCUCAAGGAGAGGAGGUACAGAUCACUCAGGACAGUGAGGGGAACCUCCAGAUCCACCAGGUGCACGUUGGUCAAGAUGGACAGGUACUUCGGGGAGCUCAGCUCAUAGCUGUAGCGUCAACUGAAGGGGGGGCAGCAGCGGUAGAGGGCACCUCUCUCCCCGCUGACAUACAAGUGCAGUAUGUUCAACUUGCUCCUGUCACAGAUCACACAGCAACAGUACAGGCUGCUGAGCUUACGCCAGUCCUGCAAGCAGACAUGGAGGUGAAAGAUACCAUCCAGGCAGAGAACGGCGAGGUGGUCCAAAUAGUGUCUUCUGUGGCUACCUGAGAGAGGUGUCUACUUCUUGAAAGUUUUUCCCUUCACACUUGCAGAUGAACUGAUAGAUGUUGAAGUCAGAAAUCCCCAAUGUCAAACUAAAACUGUGAACAAGCCAAUUUUUGGGGUGGAUGUCCUUUGCCAAGCAUAUGUUCAUUGAGAACUUGACCACAAUCCUCAAAAAUACGAUGCUGUCGUUUAAGCAUGUUCAUCUGAAGGAAUCGUCCCCCCCUGGAAUCCACACCGGGAUUAUCAAAGGGCGGUGGAUGGUUUCUGCUUAUGCAAGAGAACAUACUCGCACUUGUUUACAGCAAUGAAAAAUAUCAACAUUGUAAUGUUGAGUAGCGGGAAGCCCUUUAUGGCGUUUAACGCCCUGAAUUUUUAAUGAUCUCAUCAAAAUAAUGGACAUUAAGGUGGAACUUUAAAUUGGCUAUGAAUGGCUACUUUUGUGAUGGAUUUGUUCUAUCUGUCAUCAUAAUUGAAUCCAUAUUUUGUCUCCCAGCUGUGAGCUCCUCCCUUUGCUUGCCUCCUCAUCUUCCUGUAUUGUCCUGGUUAGAUGUUUGAUUUAUCUAUUUGUUGCUCGCGUAAGGAAAUGCUUUCGUUUUGAAAGAUGUAGACCAUGAAAUACAGGAGCUGGUGCCAGUAUAAGUUGCUUGUAGAAUACCAGGGGAAACCUGAAGGUCUUAAUAUCCCCAGCUUUGACUUUGGAAAUAUGCGUUCAUGUGAAUAAACCAUGUUUGUGGUUGUUGUAAAAGUGAGCUUUGACUUUUUAUUUUUUUUUAUUUUUUAAAGUUCAUUUAUUUCCAUAAAUUGAGGUUUACAAAAUUACUCCCACAUGUUUCCAAACUUCUACCGACAUUGACAAAACGUACAAAAGGUUCAGAAUACAACUUUUGAAUAGAUGUAAUUGCCUUUUUUAGGUAAUUAUUUGUCACGGCAACAAUGACCGUCUACCGUUAGCCAACCUAACAAGUUUGUGAACAGUUCUUUGAUCUAAUUGGUAUUUGUGUGUUGCGGGUUGGACAUACUGUAUGAGUUUUAAAAGGUAAUCAUCUUUACAGGCAGCAAAGAAAGCAAGAUAUUCUGAAGCUGUGUAUAUCUUUGGGGAAGUUUCCCAUGCUUAGUGUGAUGUCAUCGUGUAUUUUGGAAUGGAGGGAAAAGCAUGCAACAAAAAGAACUUGAUAAAACAACAAGUCAUUAGUCUUGACUACAUCCUCUUUUUUUCUUAGUCUGUCGCUGACCCCUCUAAAAAAACCUUUCUUGUUUUUUAAUGGAAACACUUUAAACAUAAGUUCAUAAUUCAUAAUUCUAGAUAAUGUCAUCUCCAGAUGACAUUAUCUAGAUCUGUUUCAAUUUUCGGGCCACACAGCCAUAACUUUUUCACCUUUUGAGUCGAGAAUAGGUCGAACACCUGCUUUUACGGAUUCCUACCUCACAUUUGUGACACCCAUGUUCCUAUUCUCCAACUACUUCUUGUCACUAAGCCUCUGCUAGUCUUGCGUUGGCUGUCUCCCUGUUCAAUUUUUCAAAACCAGAAUGUCCAUAAAAUAUCCAUAUUUCUCCCCAUGACUAUUAGGUCAUUUAGGAGGAAGGGUGACUGUUUACAGAACCUUGAUUAAAUACACUGCAAGACGUUUCACUUUAUUAGAGGUCCCUUGUAGGCCAUUUUUUUUCAGAGCAGGUCACAGACACACCACAACAUGUGCUUACAUUCAGUACAACAACAAUUGCAAGUUUGAGGGACACUUAUUUGAGGUGGGUCACUUGCUGUGUGCUGUCGUUUACGAACCUCCCGGCUCACUAUUUCAUUUGUAAGUAAAUUUAUAACUGAUGCCACUCUCCAUUUGACUCGUCUGUGGCGUGGCCAGAAAAUGCAUAGAGGAGGUUGGGGCAACCCCCUGAUGGCGCCAUUUCCUCUCUUCGUGGCCAUCUCAUCCUAUCCAUUUCCCACCCUAUCACAUGCUUCCCUGCAACUCGCACUUCUUUCCACCACCUCAUUUACUCCCUUCUUUAAUUGGUAAAGAGUUUGGAUGGGAUGAACUGGAAUGUUCAUCCCAAUAAAAACAAUCCUGACAUUGCUCAUUCUAAAUGCCUCCUCCCAGUGAUCUAUGUUCCACUCGGCGCAGGCUCUUCUCUUCACUUUUACAAUCCUGGGUUCCAUCCAGGUGUAGCUGGGGUUCUCUUAGCAACGGACCCUCUCUCAGACUGACUCUAAGAUAACCUGCUGAAAACAGAAAUAAAGCAAAGAUGGAAGAAAGCCAUGAUUUUGGAAGGAGUGUCCUGACUGACAGUUGGAUAAACAAAGCAAAAUGUUCUGCUAUUUGUGUCUGGUAGAUUAUUUCUUCUAGUGAACAAUCCCUCGAAAACCUUUUCAAUUUUUUUGCAAGAAUGAAGCCUGUAUGGGCUGUUUAUUUCAGUCAUUUGUGGGAUAAUGAGCAAUACUGUGAGUUAAGCGCAUGUAAUAUUUGUUAAUCUUGAGUGCUGCGCUUUAUCCAUCCAUACAGUGUCUCCCACAUAUCAAGGGUCAGGAUAUUGGGCAUCAACUUUGUCAGGGAAGGACUUUCUCCUCCCCUGGUACUUUGCUUUCGUUGUCCUCCUGUGGGAAACUGAGGAUUUCCAGGUGACCUAAAAGACAUAAUCACUCCAGCGUAUCCUGGGUUGGGUCAUCUUCAUGGACACCUCCUGGUGGCACCAGGGAGGCGUCCAGGAGGCAUCUUAAAAAGAUCCCUGCGACUCCUCAUCUGCUGCCUCUCACGGUUUUAUUCUUCAGUUGACGCUAUUACUAAGAUAGACCCUGGACACCUGACAGAGAAAACGUAUUUUGUGCGCUUACGUCCACGAUCUUUUUUCAGUUGCGACCAUGGGUCAGUUCAACAACAUAUAUUGAAUGGUAAAUCGAGUGUCGCCUUUUAGCCUCGGUCCCUCUUUACCAUGACAGAUUGAUGCAGCGUAUGCAUUUUCCAGACUCUGCACUGAUUAUCUAGUGAUCUGCUGCCCCAGUCAAUCUUCACUCGUGGACAAGACCUGGAGCACCCUUUACGGGUUCCCGAGGGACACGGUUGAACACCUUCUCUAAGUCGACCAAACACAUGUACUAGACUAGUAAGGUAAACUCCCAUGCUCCCUCCAGAACCCUGUCGAAAGUGUAAAUGUUGUCCAUUGUUGCACAGCCAGUAUGAAAUUCACACAGCUCCCACUGAAUCUGAGACUUACAGUGGGGCAAAUAAGUAUUUAGUCAACCACCAAUUUUGCAAGUUCUCCUACUUGAAAAGAUUAGAGGCCUGUAAUUGUCAACAUGGGUAGAGAGUGGAAAAUAAGUAUUUGGUCACCUGCAAACAAGCAAGAUUUCUGGCUGUCAAAGAGGUCUAACUUCUUCUAACGAGGCUCCACUCAAUAGCUGUAUUAAUGGCAUCUAUUUUAACUCGUUAUCGGUAUAAAAGACACCUGUCCACAAAUUCAGUCAGUCACAGUCCAAACUCCACUCUGCCAAGACCAAAGAGCUGUCGAAGGACACCACAGACAAAAUUGUAGACCUGCACCAGGCUGGGAAGACUGAAUCUGCAAUAGGUAAACUGCUUGGGGUAAAGAAAUCAACUGUGGGAGCAAUUAUUAGAAAAUGGAAGACAUACAAGACCACUGAUAAUCUCCUUCGAUUUGGGGCUCCAUGCAAGAGCUCACCCCGUGGCGUGAAAAUGAUGACAAGAACGGUGAGCAAAAAUCCCAGAACCACACGGGGGGACCUAGUGAAUGACCUACAGAGAGCUGGGACCACAGUAACAAAGGCUACUAUCAGUAACACAAUGCGCAGCCAGGGACUCAAAUCCUGCAGGGACUGGGAGAAUGUGUUAUGGUCAGAUGAAACCAAAAUAGAACUUUUUGGCAGAAACACAGGUUCUUGUGUUUGGAGGAGAAAGAAUACUGAAUUGCAUCCGAAGAACCCCAUACCCAACGUGAAGCAUGGGAGUGGAAACAUCAUGCUUUGGGGCUGUUUUUCUGCAAAGGGACCAGGACGACUGAUCUGUGUAAAGGAAAGAAUGAAUGGGGCCAUGUAUCGAGAGAUUUUGAGUGAAAAUCUCCUUCCAUCAGCAAGGACAUUGAAAAUGAGAUGUGGCUGGGUCUUUCAGCAUGAAGUGAUCCCAAACACACAGCCAGGGCAACAAAGGAGUGGCUUCGUAAGAAGCAUUUAAAGGUCCUGGAGUAGCCCAGCCAGUCUCCAGAUCUCAACCCCAUAGAAAAUCUGGGGAGGGAGUUGAAAGUCCGUGUUGCCCAACGACAGCCCCAAAACAUCACUGCUCUAGAGGAGAUUUGUAUGGAGGAAUGGGCCAAAAUACCAGCAACAGUGUGUGAAAAGCUUGUGAAGGGUUACAGAAAACGUUUGGCCUCCGUUAUUGCCAACAAAGGGUACAUAAGAAAGUAUUGAGAUGAACUUUUGGUAUUGACCAAAUACUUAUUUUCCACCAUGAUUUGCAAAUAAAUUCUUUAAAAAUCAAACAAUGUGAUUUUCUGUUUUUUUUUUCUUUUUUCCACAUUCUGUCUCUCAUGGUUGAGGUUUACCCAUGUUGACAAUUACAAGCCUCUCUACUAUUUUCAAGUAGGAGAAUUUGCACAAUUAGUGGUUGACUAAAUACUUAUUUGCCCCACUUUAUUCUCCCGAUGGAUCUGCUUCUCCAAUACUCCUGAAUGUACUUGGUUAAGGAUCCACCUUGAGUGAAACGCAUCCUCACUUUUUUUUAAAAGGAACAUUUUCUAAUCUAGAGACACUGUCCCUGCUGUCCACAAUGUAGGGAUGUGCCAACCAGGACAGCCCCACAUCAUCCAGAGUCUUGAGGAAUUCUGAAUUGAUCUAAUUUGUAAGACGGGAGAGCCUACCUCAGAGUCCUGAGACUGGUUCCUCAAAGGAAUGUUUGUGGAAUGUAGGAGUUCUCAACCUUUCACAAGCUGAGAUAAGCAGUGCCCUGUCCUCACUAUAUACUGUUGAUGAUAUAAUUGUCACACUUAAACAAAAUGAAACUGACUCAGAUGCAGAUUUCGGUUCUUCAAUAACGUGAAUGGUCAGAGGCAGGAACAAACUAAACAAACUAAGAGCGCUCCAGAAGGAGGAAAUAAGGUGCUGAGAAACAAAAUGAUACAAAGGAGCCAGGCGAAAUGCAUUGGUGUGGUAGCUGACUAAAUCAAAGGACACGGCAUAAGGCACUAAAAAACAGCUAACUGAGGCAGAAUACUAUGAACAAACUUAUGAUGUACAGUAGAAUUACUAUGACUAUGGCUGUUAUAGCAACAAAGGGCGAAGACUCAUUGGCACAAAACUCUAGGGAGUGACAAUUUAAGCACAUGAACGGGACGCAGGUGGGAACAAUAGGCAAUACACAUUUGUAUUCAUAUUUAAUUAGAUCUUAUACUGUUCUACUUGCAAGUCACUUUGAGAUUUUAACUUAUCCUGAACUGUAAAAGGAGGUGCUCCACAAUUUCAUUCAACUGUAUAAUGACAAUAACGGGCUAUUCUAUUCUAUUCUAUUCUAUUCUAUUCUAUUCUAUUCUAUUCUAUUCUAUUCUAUUCUAUUCUAUUCUAUUCUAUUCUAUUCUAUUCUAUUCUAUUCUAUUCACAAUCAGAGGCAGGUGAGGCAGCAGGAAGACUGAAUGAUGGAAACAGGAGGGUGAGGCUUCAAAAUAAAACUUGACAUGAUAAUAUACAUACACUGGUCAGAUCCCACCCUUGGUGUGACAAUAAUGCUCCCAUCUCCAGUUUAACUGUUGUUGCCCACCUAAGUAUUGAAUUUCCCCUGAAGAAAGAGGGAGUUCCCUGUGGGAGAACUCUCGGUCGCCCUCUCCAAGAAAUAAAAAAGGAGGGGUACUCAAAGCUGGAGUUUGGUGAUAGUUUAAAAAAAUAGUGAGGAUCAGAACCACCAGCAUCCUACGUCCCCCCACUCUUAAGUAAGGCAGACUAAACUCUCAUCCACUGCAGUAAUCCGUAACGUACAAGCACAGAGCCGUAGUCAUAAUAUAUGCCCACACCUGUUGAACUGUUUAGUAACAAAAUGUUUGUAAAAAUAAAAAAACAAUGAAUAAAUAAAACAAAUCUUGGACUACAUUCCUUGGUUCCCCUGUUAUUUUACUAAUUGUACACUACCAAUUAAGUAUGGAAACAAAACUGGGAGGAAGAACAUGAGAGCUCUGACCAAACCUCAUUAAACAGCCCUUGACCCUGACAACCCUUUUGUACAACAUCAAUUACCAUUGACCUCACAAAUGUUCUUCUGCAUGGAUGCAGAAUAACUCCCUCGCGUUUCAAAAGUUGCUGGAGCUGCAUAAGGGGGACCAACUCCCAUAUUUAUGACUUUUAAGCAACCUGUGUAACCCCAGUAGGCUUGUUCAUACUAUGUUUGUGUGUAUGUACUUUCCUUCUCAGCUGUGGUCUGAUUUAGUACAUGCAUAAGCAGCACACCACAGUCUCUGCUCACCUGCCAUCAGACCCUCUGAAGGAAGCAUUAUCGUGGGAUUCAUAAAGUUGACUGGACACAACAAUAAUAAACUGCUGACAGAGCAAGGAUUGGUGUGAUUUAUGUGGAGAGCGAGAUUACACCAAGACUGCAGUGUUUAAAUUGGACCUCGUCAUACAAUCCUAUAAUUCAUAGCACUACAAGCAAGACAUGGAAACGUAGCUUUCCAAGACAUCUAUGUUCUGUCAAGGCACUGUGGUUGCAAAUUAUCGAGAUUCUGUUUGUCUGGCUAUAUUUAUUUAUUAAACAACAGUAAAUCUCGGAAAAGCGUCUUAGCAUGACAGAUUCUUGUUUUACCGUGUAUUUUUUGUUGGAUACAGUAAACAAUACAAUUUUAAUGAUGUUAAAGGUCUAAAUAGUGUAGAUUCCAUUGUUGAUUCAUCUUGUGUCCACUGUACCAGUAAUACUUUCGAGCAUACAAUCAGAGGUGGGUAGAGUAGCCAAAAUUUUACUUGAGUAGCGUUAUUUCAAAAUAACAUUACUCAAGUAGAAGUAGUCAUCCCAAAAAUGUACUGAAGUACACGUAAAGUAUCAGAUGAAAAGAAUACUGAAGUAAUGAGUAACUUUGUGAUUAACUGCUUACGGUGUGACUUUUUUAAAAAAUUUUAAGCAAAAGUAUUUUUUUCCUCAGUCAUUAUCAUACUGUACUAGGGAUGUCCCCGAUCCGAUCACGUGAUCAGAAAUUGUGCUGAUCGGGCCAUUUUUCAGAGGAUUGGAAUUAGGUGAAAAGGAUCGAGUUUUUAAUUGUUAAAUUUUUAUUUAUUUUUUUUAUACUCUGCAACACUCUUGGAAAAGUGGAAGAGGAAGUACUGUAAACAGUACAGUACAGUACUAAGAGCAAGCGUGCUCUACUGUAUAGUAGAUGAAAAAUAUUUCCUACUAUAAAUUGAAAAGGAGUAUAUCGGUGUCAAAUAAAGUGCUUCCAAAAAAAAUAAAAAUAAAUGGGAGAAAGGUCCAAACAAAUCCGCGUUUUCGAGUAAUGUUGACAUUGUCAAAUAAAUGAUGCCAUGUGAUUGAACAGGCGGGCGUGAUCAAAUGACGUCCGACUGCAAACCUGCAUCUGGUCAUUUGACUGUAUUGCUACGUCUGAUUGGUAUAAUGGAGUCAUGUAAUUAUUGUUGCGACAUCUCAUUGGUGAAACUGGUAUAGACCCCACUCACCAACGUCACAGAAUGACGUGUCGCUGUAUCCAGCCGCCAUA